UUCAGUUACAUUCAUAGAUUUACUUAAGAUCGGUUCGGUUCCUGAAGUCCUCUUCCCCCAGUUUUAUACAUUGUGUGUACGGUGUUAUCGUUUUUAGAGUCGCUCAAUCGCGGGGUGGUGUUGAAAUUUCCCAAAACAGAACUUGAGACCCUUGAAGUUACAGGUUUUUAAUCGGUGACGGACCCAAUUCGAACCCAGAAUCCGGAAUCAAAACCCGGGACCACAUAUCGGGAACGACGAAAGCAUUCCCCUAGAAUCGCAAACAGCAAAAGUAAAAGUGCUCUAGGGGAGCUCUGGGCAAGUGUGUGGCGAGUGAUCUUCUGACUCUCCUUUUUCGCGGUGGCUGGUUCCACCACUCAAGGAAGAAACAGGGAGUUCAUCGAAGUUUAGAGUCGAAUUUUUCGGUUUACGUUUGGUGUGUGUGAACGAAAACAGUGCAAAAAUAUACGACCAAGAAGCCAAAUUCCAACUCAAUCAACAGAAUUUCCACUUCUAUUCGAAGUCGAGGAAAUUGUUUGUGUGACUUGUGGUGGUAGUGAGUGAGUGAAACAAGGAAGUUAUCCUCUGGAAAAAGAAUACAAAAAAAAAAACGGUGCGUGUCAGUUCAAGGAUAAUAAUUACAUAAUUUUCCGGGAUAAGCUGAAACAGGAGCAGAAGUAGGCUUGGUGCAAGGCGAAACAGCACGGAAUCACUCUUCAACAGCAGAUUAACAUCUGCGGACGAGUUAUUUCGAUAUUUAUUUAAAGUUUAGUUAAGGAACAAACAAAACCCACACACACAAAAUGGCCUUAAUCAUGAAGUACAUUGACAGUAUGCACCACUACAUGGAUAAAUACGGAGAUCCCCGGACAAAGGAUUGGCCCCUUAUGUCAUCUCCCUUCCCCACACUAGCGCUAUGUUUAGGAUAUGUUUACUUAGUCAAAGUCCUAGGCCCAAGGCUUAUGGAGAACCGAAAACCAUUCCAGCUGCGAAACACCCUCAUCCUGUAUAACUUCGUGCAAGUCGUCUUCAGUGCCUGGCUGUUCUACGAGAUCGGUAUAUCGGGUUGGCUAACGGGACAUUAUAACUUCCGAUGUCAGCCAGUCGACUAUAGUAACCACCCUAAAACGUUAAGGAUGGUGCAUGCGUGUUGGUGGUACUACUUCUCCAAGUUCACGGAGUUCUUCGACACGUUCUUCUUCGUGAUGCGCAAAAAAACUAGUCAAGUGUCGACGCUGCACGUUAUUCAUCACGGAUGCAUGCCCAUGUCCGUGUGGUUCGGCGUCAAGUUCACUCCAGGUGGUCACAGCACCUUCUUCGGACUGCUCAACACCUUCGUACACAUCGUAAUGUACACGUACUACCUGUUCACGGCGAUGGGACCCCAGUUCCAGAAGUACCUCUGGUGGAAGAAGUACCUCACCAGCCUUCAGAUGGUCCAGUUUGUCGCUAUCAUGGUGCACGCCUUCCAGCUGCUGUUCAUCGACUGCAACUACCCGAAAGCCUUCGUCUGGUGGAUCGGAAUGCACGCCGUCAUGUUCCUCUUCCUGUUCAACGAGUUCUACCAGAGCACAUACAAAGCGACCAAGCGGAGACGGGCGGCAGCUGCCGAAGCCAGACGGUUGGCAGCCGAAGAAGCCAAACUGCAGAACGGCAGUGCUGUCAGCAGCAACGGUAGCGCAAUCACUGCCAACGGACACCACGGGAAGAACGGUUCGGUGCACCAUCACAGUAACGGCAGUGCCACCUCGAACGGCACCUCGUUACUGUCGAAUGGCGUCGGCGGCAACAAGGCUGCCGACUAUUACGUGCGGGGCGAUCUCCCGGCCGAGAUCGAGAUCACGCAGCGACAACCCAGCAGCCGCAAUCAGGUCCAAUAAUAGCGAAUACGUUGCAGCGGAAGACACUUCCCCGGCGGGAAGCGUUAGGACACUCACACAUACCCACAACUUACACACCGACAAUAUGCAAUCCAACAUACUUCCCUGGCUUCCUUUUUGCUCCUCUCAGGAGAAUCAAAAGUUCCCUUCCUUCCCUUGUACACUCCUUCACACAUACAAAGCGCAGUGGUUUCUAUUGUUAUGAUUAAUUAAUUUAUUGUAAAAUUUCUUUAAUAUUAUUAAUUCAUAAACCAACACACACAAACCAACACAAAACACACACAAAAAUGUGCAUGUGAUUCGCUGUCAAGUUUUUAUUUGUAUUUCAAAGUUUUUUUUGUUUUGUUCUGUCAAUCUCUUUCAACCAAACAUACUAAAGUAUAUUUACACAUAUUGGGAUAACAAUCGUCAACAUUCGGCAAUAAAAUGCAAGCAAAGUAUUUUUAUCGAGUUAAAAGCGAAACAUGUACACACCGAAAAAAAUUGUUACUUACUGUUUGUAUUCCAAAAACAACACGAAAAUUACGAAUAAAAAGUUUUAACCAGCAGAGAAGCAAGAAAACAAUCAAAACACACAGGAAAUGAAAACCAAACGGAGCAGAAAAAACACACAAUCAAACACACACAUACAAUCAAGUUGUAAGCAAAAGCCAAAACAAACCGAGAGAGAGAGAAAGAAUAAACGAGAGGUGAAAGCUUUUCCGUUUCGAUCUUCUUCGUCGCCUUCCAAAACAAAAAAAAAAAAUGUGGCGACGAGGGACGACAGAAAUGUGUUACCUUUAUUUAGAGUUUUUAAAUAAAGUGUUAGUAACUUGCGCGGUGAUAUCAGCGUCAGCCUAGCAGGUUCGUCACGCACUGGGGAGGAUUCAGGAAACAAAAAACUGAAAACGUAAAAAAUAGAAUCGAAACCAAACUGGCGGCAUAUUUGGAGUGGUUUUGUUUAAGCAGUGUAGUGAAGUAAUUCGUGAAUGUAAAGAAUAGGAACACAGAGGAACUACUACUGGGCGAAGAGCGAGACAGGCAAGCAUAUAAUUUGUAAAUAGUUUAGGUAACCUAAAAGUGUAGGCGAUAAGGAUGUAGGUUUAAGGUUAUACAACAGCAGUUAGUGGAGGAUGAAAACAAAAAAAAGUGAACUAACGGUGAAGAUUCUAAAAAAGAAAACGCCAGACAGUACCCUUUGGAUGCUAUUUUACCUAUCGACUAGGAUGUUUUUGUUUUACUUAUUUCAAUGAUUAGAACACGACUGUUGAGACAGGCACACACAGACAGCUUUACAAUGUGAGGAAUAUAAAUGUGUAUUUGUUUUAGUGGCUUCUCUGGCGUGUUAUGCCAAUAUUUUUUGGAUUUCUAAUUCUAUCCCUCUUGACGUGAAAAUCACCAGUUGACGAACAGUAAGAUCAUACACACAUAUACACACAUACACAUUCGAACACGAUCAUCAACCCAUACAGACAAAAUACACUCUGAUUCAGGAACAGGAACUACCUACUCUAAUAAUAUCAAGUCUAUGAUACACAAAAUACAAAACACACAAAAAAUAGAUGGUGUUUAGGGGACAGACAGACAGAGAUUGCCUCUGUCUAUAUGUAGGAUUAAAGUCUUUAAAAAUGAUAAGAAACGAAAAAACUCUAAUGUGAUUUCUUUAUUUUUUUGUAAGGAAAAUGCAAAAGCAAGCAAAUUAUAGUAAAGAAAGGAGAGAUGUAAAAAACGAAGAAUAUUCCGCCGCAAACAAUUAAAAAAUAAAUUGUUAAAACAAAAAAGCUUACAUCAUUGAGUGCGCUCCGUGUCCAUGUUGUAAAUCCGCUUCGAGCACAUAUACAAAAGCCAUUCGCAGAAUAUUUACAAACACAUACACAACAAUCAACAACAACGCAAAGCAAAGAGCGCGCGGUCACUUCAAUGGCGUGAAUCUGGCGUAUCAAACAAAAAAAGAACAUACGAACAAA